CGGAUGUUUACUUUUUGUAAAGAGACCGUGAACUGCUUUCUGGAGAUUCAGUGAUUCAGUUCAUAAAUGGUGGGAAAGAAAUUGCAGUAUUCUCUAUAGGUCAGCGUUUGCAAAGAACUUUGUUCUUAACUGACUCAAAGGCCUGGUCGGUGUCAAUGACGACCUUUGCACGAACACGCCUACCCAGCUAGGAAGUCGUUUCAAAGUUGCGCACCGAUUUCAGGCGAAACGAAACUACGUUGAAGCCUGUGAAGCGUUUCACAGCACAAACGAAAAAUGGCAGAAGCGGCUCCAAGUGACCAGGACCUUUUUACAUGCUCGGUGUGCCUUGAUCUACUGGAGAAUCCAGUAACUAUUCACUGUGGACACAGUUACUGUAUGGGCUGCAUUAACGGUUGCUGGGAUCGGGAAGAUCAGACGGGAGUCUACAGCUGCCCCCAGUGCAGACAGACGUUCACCCCAAGACCAGUGUUAAGAAAAAAUAAUAUUGUUGCUGAGCUUGUGGAACGGAUCAGGAAGACCAGAAUCCAAGAUGCUGCUCCUGUUCCAUGUAAUGCUGGACCUGGAGAUGUGGAGUGUGAUGUCUGCACUGGCAGAAAACUCAAAGCUGUGAAGUCCUGUCUGGAAUGUCUGGUGUCAUACUGUGAAACUCACUACAAAGUUCACAAUGACAUAAACCCUGGGCGAAAACACAAGGUGGUUGAUGCCACAGGCCAGCUACAGGAGAGGAUCUGCACCCAACAUGAGAAGCCUCUGGAGAUAUUUUGUCGUACGGAUUUAAGUUGUGUUUGUUUGCUCUGUCUGGUGGAUGAACACAAAGGCCAUGACACUGUGUCAGCCUCUGCAGGGAGGAGAGAGAAGCAGACACACUUGGGGGAUACCCAGAGUAAAAUCCAGAAGAGAAUCCAGGAGAGAGAGAAAGAACUACAGGAGCUAAGGAAAGCUGUGGAGACUCUAAAGAGCUCUGCACAGACAGCAGUGGAGGACAGUGAGAGGAUCUUUACUGAGAUGAUCCGCUUCAUUGAGAAACGGAACUCUGAAGUGAAAGAGCUGAUCAGAGCUCAGGAGAAGGCUGAGGUGAGUCAGGCUUUAGGACUCCUGAAGCGACUGGAGCAGGAGAUUGCUGAGCUGAAGAGGAGAGAUGCUGAGCUGGAGCAGCUUUCACACACAGAAGAUCACAUCCAUUUCCUAAAGACUUUCCAGUCAGUCAGUGAGACACCUGAGUCAAAAGACUUAUCCUGCAUCUCUGUGAACCAAGGCCUCUCUUUUGAGGCUGUGAAGAAAUCUGUCUCCUCACUAAAGGGGCAGCUGGAGAAUUUCUGCAAGGAGGAAGUCCUAAAGAUAUCUGCAUCAGUGACUGAAGUCCAGGCUGUUUUGCCUCAUGAACCUACAACCAGAGAUGAUUUCCUACAAUACUCAUGCCACUUCACACUGGAUACAAACACAGCAAACAGACGUCUUCAUCUGUCUGAGGGGAACAGGAGGGUGGAAUGUAAAGCUGAGCCUCACUCAUAUCCUGAUCAUCCAGAGAGAUUUGAUAGCUGCUUUCAGGUGCUGUGUAGAGAGGGUGUGUCUGGACGCUGCUACUGGGAGGUUGAGUUGAGUGGGAACUGGCAGGUUGAAAUAGCCGUCUCAUAUAAAAGCAUCAGCAGGAAAGGAGGGCUGUUUGAAAGUGAGUGUUUGUUUGGAUCAUAUGGUCAGUCCUGGAGUCUCUACCUCUCCAGAUCCAGCUCCUCUUUCAGUCACGAUAAAAAAGAGACCAACCUCCCUCUAGUGGCCAGUUCCAGAAUAGGAGUGUAUGUGGAUCACAGGGCAGGAACUCUGGCCUUUUACAGCAUCUCUGAUACAAUGACCCUCCUUCACAGAGUCCAGACCACAUUCACUCACACACUCUACCCUGGGUUUAGGUUUUGGAUUUGUAGAUCAUCGGUGAAGCUGUUGUGACUGACAUAUACAGAUGCUGAAUCCAGACUACGUUUACCCAGCCUCUCUCCUCUGUCUUUUGGGUUAGACAUUAGAUCACCGGUGAAGCUGUUGUGACUCUGGGGUGGAGCGCUGGGGUGACCCCACGUAUUGGCAAGUGUACCACACUGGUGUAGUGGUGGUCUGGGAAGAAAACAAUGCUCUGCAGAUCUCACCUGAGGCCAAACUUAAAAUGUAUUUACAACCCGAAGUAGGAGUGAUGCAUUAAAUGCAAAUAAAAACAGAAAGAAGUUAUUUGUUAAA